UGGCUGAAGGGAGGAGAGGUUCCCGCGGCCCCAUUGGCUGUGGGGGUUCGCGCACCGUUCGCUGCUCGCUCCCGUUCUCUGUCUCUUCGCUGGUGGGCGGGGCUCGCUUUCCCGGUGUUUGGCGGCGGCGGCGGCGGCCUGAGAAUCUGAAAAACAGCAAUAUGAACUGCUGUGCUUGUGCUUCUUGACAGAAGGUGAUGCUAAGCGGAAAAAUCUACAGUGAUCAACAGAGGUUGUCCAAGAAGGUUUUUGACAACUCGUCUGUUGCCUUGGACGCGGGAGGAUUGCUGUCCCCAAGCAGAUAUUUGCCAUUUCCUGCCUUGAUGCAAAGCAGCACUUGAAUUAAACCUGCCACUCUCUGUUCUUUGAGGAAACAGAUUCUUAUUGCUGUUUAAUUGAACACUAAAUACAGGGAACCUAUUAUGUCUAAGAGGCAAAACCAAAAAGAUUCAUCAGGAUUUAUUUUUGAUGUGCAGUCCAAUACUGUGAUGGCUCAAGGAGGUACCUUUGAAAACAUGAAAGAGAAGAUCAGUGCUGUGAGAGCAAUAGUCCCCAACCGCAGCAACAACGAAAUUAUCCUGGUGCUGCAGCACUUUGAUAACUGUGUAGACCGAACGGUGCAGGCUUUCAUGGAAGGUAGUGCCAGUGCAGUGUUGAAAGAAUGGACAGUAACUGGCAAGAAAAAGAACAAAAAGAAGAAAACUAAGCCAAAGCCUCCUGCAGAAUCGAGGGGCAGCCUUCCUGACCCCAGCAAGCCAGCAUCCACCGAAGAAGAACAGUCUGUAGCUUCAUCUGAUAAGGGUGGGAUCAACGGUUACCAUGUCAAUGGCUCGGCCAAUGACACAGAGUCUGUGGACUCACUCAGCGAAGGCUUGGAUGCACUUUCCAUAGAUGCCAGAGAGUUGGAGGAGGGCGAGCCUGCUAUGCCUGAGGUGCCUGAUGGAGCAGUAACAUUAGAAAACGGGCUAGCAGACCUCAGUCCAAAGCCUGCCAGCACACGGUCUUCCCAGAAUGCCCAGCCUCUCCGGGUACAGCCUGAACUGAGAAGCUCCGGCAAGCUGCUCUCCAGGCCUGUAUCCAGCAACCAUUCACCUGCCCCUUCAUCUCUGACGAUGCUGGAUGAGGUCCCUGCGUCCUCUGGAAACAAAAAGCUAGGUUCUAAUAUUGAAAAAUCAGUGAAAGACCUCCAACGGUGCACUGUGUCACUGGCUCGGUAUCGUGUUGUUGUUAAAGAAGAAAUGGAUGCCUCCAUUAAGAAAAUGAAACAGGCCUUUGCAGAGCUUCAGAGCUGUCUCAUGGAUCGAGAAGUAGCCCUUCUAGGUGAAAUGGACAAAGUGAAAGCAGAAGCAAUGGACAUCCUAAGCAGCCGGCAAAAGAAGGCAGAGGCGCUGAAGAAGAUGACUGAUGUGGCUGUCCGAAUGUCCGAGGAGCAGUUGGUAGAGCUUAGAGCUGAUAUAAAGCACUUUGUUAGUGAGCGCAAAUACGAUGAAGAUCUUGGAAGGGUGGCUCGUUUCACUUGUGACCUAGAUGCGCUCAAGAGGAGCAUUGAAUCUUUUGGACAAGUUUCGCACCCAAAGAACAGUUACUCCACCAGGUCACGGUGCAGCUCUAUUGCCACGUCUGUGAGCAGCCCGGAAGAGCCCAGCGCCGCAAGCACAGUAUGUGCCUCUGUUUCUGCUCCGAGCCUUACGACGACCAAUAAGAAACCACCACCCCCUGCAGAAGCCGCUGCAAAUGCAACAAGCCGCCCUUAUCAGCCCUACCGGGAGGGUUUCCAGGGUAAUAGAAGAUCUGGUCAAGGUUACAGGGCCCAAAUGCAACGCCAAAAUGGGCCCCCACACCCCAAUUCAAAUCGGUACCGAAGCGGGCCUUGGUACCAGUCCAACUCCAGGUCUCGGCCGCCUCCUGGAAAUGCAAACAGCCUCGGCCAGACUUACUCCACAGGAACCAAUGGAACUAGUCCUGAGCCUGGUGUGCCAGCCCCAACUGCACAGUCCCAUUCGGGCACACUCAGCAAAGAAGCCAAGGCUCUGCCACAGCGGAAACCUAGGUCAAGCCAAUAUGAGGCGGCCAAUUCCUGAAGAGCACGAACUCUCUGCCACUACCCAAAACUGGAUGACGAGAUUGUAGGACACACCUAGCUAGAGAUAUUAACAAAGGAAAGUUUACACUUGCUGCCCCCCCCAUGCCACUUUUCUCUUCCUUUAAUCAUUCCUUUCUGGGAAAAGCGGCUUCCUAGCGCUUCUCCUGCCCUUGCUUCCUGCCACGUGACAUGCGUCAGGCUUUAGUGGAAAAUGCACACAUGAUCUCCAGGCAUGGCCUUGGCAAACCUCACUGCUGCCACCACCUUUGCACUCUCUGGCUCCUCUUAUUCUGGUGCCGUCCUUAAACAUGGGCAGACUUUCAGCCCUAGAAGCAAAAAAUAAAAAGGGGGGGGAUGUCUUCCAAGAACCCCAGCCCAAAAGCUUUUGCUCUCCCCCCGCCCUCCCUGAAUGCUGCUAGCCAGGCCUUACUCCUAACAGCAAAACUCUUCAUGCUGGCAAUGAAACAAAUUGCUGUGAAUUGUGAGACCAAGAUAAGAGAUCCUAAUGGGAGGAGCCAUUAAGAGAGACUGCUGGGAUGGUUAUUUUCUUUUUACACCUUAUCUAAAUACUAGAUUUGGGAAAACUGGGCUUGUAUCUCUCUUUCACUAGAGAAUGGAGAGGUCCAGUCCUCCUGAGAGAAGCAUCAUUUUGACUGUACGUCAUGCAUACAUUUAGAUGUCCCCUACUUUUAAUGUUUGGUGAGGGAUGGGAGGUUUAAUUUGCUCCCGGUCACGAUCCCAUCGUCUGAUCCUAAACUAAAUUUCUAGCAAUUUAAUUAGCAGUGCUAAUCCUAGGUGAUUGCAAGUUCCAAUGAAAAUUGCUACGGUCUUUCUCUAUCCUUGUAUAAAUAAAAAUGACGUACAUGUUUAAAAGAC